AUGGAGAAGGCAAACGGGAGACGAAGCAACGCGAUUAAACGAAUCGGGAAGAUUGGAAUCGUGCGAUACAGGCUUAAGCCCGACGAGCCUCUGUUCUGGACAUCUGGAAACGUGGGUUUCUCAGGAUCUUCCCGUGCUUGCUUCCCAUCGUUAUCCUCGUUGUCAUCGUCCUCGUCGUCCUCUUCGUCCUGGUUGUCCUCGUCGUUCUCGUCGUCAUCCUUGUCUUCGUUGUCCUUGUUCUUCUCGUCGUCCUCGUUCUCGUUAUCAUCUUCGUCCUCCUUGUCCUCGUUGUUCUCGUCGUCUUCAUUGUUUUCGUCGUCCUCGUCGUUAUCGUCAUCCUUGGUGUCCUUGUUGUCUUAUUCGUCCUGGUUGUCCUCGUCGUUCACCUCGUUCUCAUCGUUCUCGUUGUCCUUGUUGUCCUUGUUGUCCUUGUCGUCCUCCUCGUCUUCUUCGUCCUGGGACCAAAAAUUGGGUGCCAAUCUUCGACUGCAAUGCACCAAGAAAGUCUUGGAACACAAGAGAGUCAAGACACAAGGAAAAGGCACCAAAAAUUUGGUGCCAUUCUUUGACUGCAACGCAUCAAGAAAGUUUUGGAAUAUAAGAGACUUAGGACAACAGGAGAAGUCCUCGUCAUCCUCCUCGUCUUCGUUGUCCUCGUCGUUCUCUCCAUUUUCAUUGUCCUUGUUGUCCUCGUCGUCCUCCUCGUCUUCUUCGUCCUGGUUGUCCUCGUCGUCCUCCUCGUUCUCAUUGUCCUCAUUAUCCUCCUCGUCUUCGUUGUCCUCGUCGUUCUCUUCGUUUUCAUUGUCCUCGUCGUUCUUGUUGUCCUUGUUGUCCUCGUCGUCGUCCUCCUCGUUCUGGGCUACUAGUUACGUUAUUUUAAUUAGAUUUGUAGAUUUAGAAAUUCUAGUCUAG